AUGACCAACGCUAUUUUCACCCUCCUUUACAGUCCAGAUUACCUUGCUGGUGCAUUGGUUUUGGGAAUUCAAUUACAAAAAAUCAAGCAAGUUUCCAAUCAUGAUUACACUCUUGGGAUUUUGGUUGAUAAGUCCCAAUUCACCACGCCUCAAUUGAACAAGCUAAACAAGUAUUAUACGGCAAUAAUUGACGUUGCACCAUUGAAAUCUACCAUCUAUGACAAAUUGAAGAAUGAUCUCGGAAGACCCGAAUUGGGAAAGACAUUCACUAAGAUCAAGCUUUGGUCAUUGGAUGAAUAUGAAAAAGUGUUGUAUUUGGAUGCAGAUACAUUACCUUUACUUCCUGCUGAUAAUGCUAUAUCAGUUGCCGAUCUUUUAAAGUUAGACUUUUCGCAAGAUAAGAUCAUCGCUGCACCUGAUUCCGGUUUCCCUGAUAUUUUCAAUUCUGGAGUUUUCUUAUUAAGACCAAAUCAAAACACUUAUGAGGAAUUGGUUACUUUAGUUCAAGAAUCUAUUGAAAAUCCCAAUGUUUCAUUUGACGGUGCCGAUCAAGGUCUUUUGAAUCAGUACUUUAAUUCUCAGCCGGACUGGGUAGUACAAUUGUUUGAUAAUACUGAGACAAAUGUGGAUCAAAGACAGGACGUUGACAAUAAUUGGAUAAAAUUGCCGUUCUUGUACAAUGUUACACCUUCAUCGGCAUACGAGUACUUACCUGCAUUCAAGCAUUUCCAUGGGGAACCUUUUGCCACUGAAAGUGUCGAUUAUGCAGACGGUGGACACCACCAACAAAGCAAUGAUGAAAAGGUUUUGGAGCUGACAUCAAAGACUUUACUGCGUUAUGAAUUUGCUGCGACACAGUAUGUUGUAGCCAAUGCCUCACAGAUAAAAGUGUUACAUUUCAUUGGACCUUACAAGCCUUGGUCUUCGUCAUCCACAGUAGGCGGAAUACAUAAAGAUUGGUGGAAAUUGUGGAUAGAUGAGUUUGGUGAAAGGUCAUUGCAUGAGGUAAUUUAUGAUCAAUCGCAGCCACCUUCUGCAUUGCACUCGCGUGGAAUUGAUCAACCACAACCAGAUAUCAAAUCUCAUGCUAUGCAAAGGAAGCAUACAAGCUCAACUGAUCCGUAUGCAUUAUUGGACCCAGCAAAUUACCAGCAUUUGCCAGACAAUAUUAAACCUAGUCUUGACUCAAUGUGGGACCCUUCUAAAGAGCCACCACCAAAAAGUGGUAGAUCAACAGAGACUAGUGUAAGCAGUAAAUUUGAAGAACAAUUGAUGAAACUGUAUGAUAAUGAAUGGGAUGGCAACCAAGAAAGGGGUGAUCCACAACAAGAAGGUGCUUACGCAAUUGGUGGCGAUGAAUCUGUAGAGCAUCUCAUUUCACAAUUUGACCUGUCUCAGCAACCAACAGAAUCCACAUCAUUUCAAAAACCUGACAUUUAUGGUCACAGAUAUGUCAAGCCUGAGAGGGUGUUUGAUUCGUCAUCCGAUUACGUUCCAAAACACAUCUUACGCGAUCUUGAGAAGGUCAAUAUAGGCGAUGAAGUUGAUGACACUACACCAAAACAACCCGAAGCAGUUCGUUUGUCUGGACAAGUUGCCGAUUUUAACGCCGUGAACGAGUCAUUAGAAAGGCAAGGUUAUGUAAGUGCUGAUUACUUUGAAGAAGUUUAUGAUGAAGAUCGGGAGGAAGGUGCAGGCGAGACAUUUGUGGAUAGGGAUGAUGUUGUGGCUGAGGAAGAAGAGGAUAGUACCCCUGCACCAAAAUUAUUCCCUUGGGAGUUUAGAGGUGGGAGCAGACCAGAACGAGUAUUUGAUUAA